UUGUUGCGUGCACUCCUACUUGUCUGUAGACCUAGCGCCCGUUUAUUUGUUAACGCGACGCAGGCUGCUAGCAUGUGCCUGCAACCCGAACAGGUUGUCACUCCCGCAUUGCUGCACGCAGCUAACGACAUCGCGGCCCUUCCGGUCAACGAGAUCGGCACCCACGAGACAAUUGUCUGCAAGGUCACCCGGAAGUCGAGAGCCUGGAUCAAGCUAUCUGCCGGCGGCUUUGGUUCCGCCAACGCCCGGGCCUUCCAAGAGAGAUUACAGUUAACGNCCCACGAGACAAUUGUCUGCAAGGUCACCCGGAAGUCGAGAGCCUGGAUCAAGCUAUCUGCCGGCGGCUUUGGUUCCGCCAACGCCCGGGCCUUCCAAGAGAGCCUAUGGUACAACUUGUUCCAGUUCAUGACUGGACCGCGACGUUGCACGGCGGCGAUCCUUACCAUCCCCAGCUCCGACUUCCACAAGCCGGAGAUCAUGCGCUUCCUCGCCCCCUACUACGUCGAGAAGGACAGCCUCGUUGUGCCGGAGACCCCGGCGGCAGACGUUUACGUCCAGGAUGAUGAUCUUGAAGCAUACCUCAACGACAUUUUUUCUUGGGUGUUCAUGACUGGACCGCGACGCUGCACGGCGGCGAUCCUUACCAUCCCCAGCUCCGACUUCCACAAGCCGGAGAUCAUGCGCUUCCUCGCCCCCUACUACGUCGAGAAGGACAGCCUCGUUGUGCCGGAGACCCCGGCGGCAGACGUUUACGUCCAGGAUGAUGAUCUUGAAGCAUACCUCAACGACAUGUUUUAAUGUUUUGCGUGCGAGGGGCGGGGCCAUGGCCGUGUUGAUGGUAUAUGGCAGGUGCCCAUGGAGAGUGCAUCUCGAAUAGCAUCGGUGCAUCCAUCUUGUCAUGAAACCUCCACUAUUUGCGGGAGGUGUUGGCGUGGGCCGGCUGUGAGCUACGAAUGAAUCCGUGUUUCAUAAACCUUUCCACUGGUACACGUUAAACGAGAAGUUGACAAGUCAUGUUUUUGUGGCCGGGGGAUUGGAUGGAUAAUUAAAUUAGCGUGAUGGGAGUGGUGCACGUGGGUAGCUGUCGUCGCUGCAUCGAGAUUGGUAUGGCUCGAGCCUCGCGUCUUGAUAUUUCCGUAUCUCAUGCAUGGUCCAUCGAAGGAAAAGUCUUCGGGGCAGUUUUUCCCGAUGUUGUAGUUUCUCACAAAGUACCUCAAUUUUUUUUGGUUUUCAGUUUAUUCCAUCUCAAGAGAAUAUUCAUCGUGGCAGUGUUUAUUGGGUGUAAGUUAUUCAGAGUCCUUCGACUUUUUUUUUUUUAAUUUAUUCCAUCAAGAGAAAAUUCAUCGCGGUGGUAAGUUACUUAGAGUCCUUCAACUUUAAAAAAAAAAAAAAAACAUCGAGAGGAAAUUCAUCGUGGCAGUUUUUCUUGGGUGGUAAGUUACUCAAAGAGUCCU